GGAUGACCAGGUCAGCGGCGGACUGAGGGUCCUGCCUGGCGCUGGGGCAGCUGAGUCGGAAGGCUCCCGGGACCCUCAAAGCCGUGACUACCUGCUGGGUGGACAAGGCAGGUCCACGAGAUCCAGUCUCACAUGGGACGCCUGGAGACAGCAGACAAGCAGUCUCUGCACUUAGUAGAAAAUGAAAUCCAAGCAAGCAUAGACCAGAUAUUCACCCAUCUGGAACGUCUGGAGAUUCUGUCCAGCAAGGAGCCCCCUAACAAAAGACAGAAUGCCAAACUUCGUGUUGACCAGUUAAAAUACGAUGUCCAGCACCUGCAGACUGCUCUCAGAAACUUCCAGCAUCGGCGAUACACAAGGGAGCAGCAGGAGAAACAGCGAGAGGAGCUUCUGUCUCGCACCUUCACCACCAACGAUUCUGACACCACCAUACCAAUGGAUGAAUCCCUGCAGUUUAACUCCUCCCUCCAGAAAAUUCACCACGGCAUGGAUGACCUCAUUGGAGGCGGGCACAGUAUUCUGGAGGGACUGAGGUCCCAGAGACUGACCUUGAAGGGGACGCAGAAGAAGAUCCUUGACAUCGCCAACAUGCUGGGCUUGUCUAACACAGUGAUGCGGCUCAUCGAGAAGCGGGCUUUCCAGGACAAGUACUUCAUGAUCGGUGGGAUGCUGCUCACCUGCGUGAUCAUGUUCCUCGUGGUGCAGUACCUGACAUGAAGCGGCCAGGCCCGGCAGCUGAACGUUCCCUCUGUGUGAAAGUGUGUGUGUGUGAGUGUAUGUGUGGGAGAGCGAGGGGGAGCCCAGUGGCUGCCUUUUGAAAUGUACGCCUGUCUUAACUGUGAAGACUGCUCGGAAGCAAUUGUGACCU